AUGACGCCAAAGAGACGUCUGCCCCGCAGGAAUAAGACGGCGGAUGGGUGUCCAAAUUUAAGGGAGGCAGCGGCUGAGCGCAUUGAUGCCGUCACCGCGGAGCCACUGCACCCCUCGCGGUUUGUUGAGAUUAUAAGCCCAGAUGGAACACUGCGGCUUUUUUACAACACUGCCACGCUUAUUCGUAUCGCCACGGACAGAGGCAUGUUUAUGCAGCCCCCGCAUUUUCGGGAGCCGAUGUUGCCUUCCUUGCAGCGACAGGUGGAAGAGAUUGAGGGGCGGACCUUUCGCUUUGAUAAAAGCAACGUUCUUAUUCGUGAUGUCGGAGAUGGGACCGAUGGCGGUAUUUACGUUCUUCACAGGCAUGUGUACUUUGACCAGAUCAUGGAUGAGUUUUAUCUUCUUAAUCCUGCUGAAUUGUACGUCUGCCCGGCGUGUUACCUCCACUGGAUUGGCGCACGUCUUAUUCCACACUUGACGGAAACACGACAGAGAAUUGAGUACGUGGAUGGGGACCCUAACCCUGUGAUUGACCCCCUAGAUGUUUUGGCGCACAUGCAAGGGGUGCAAAGUGCGGCGGAGAAUGAGGGAGACAUCUCAGAUGCGGCGAAUUUAAAUACAGAAAUGGAACGUGCUCCGUUAACAAUUCCUUCCGUAGACGCACUGCCUGACUGGGACUCUCCGUUGGUGCACAUUGUUUUUCGUCGUGCCAUUAGUUGGAGGCGUCACGUUCGCAGCCACCACAACGACACAGGAACCGCAGCUGUGGAUUACCGCCUAAAAGAAUUUCUCUCACAGUACAUCUCACAGUACAAUCGCCUAUUGGAGGCGAAGAACAGAAAGCAGCGGCGACGCGGUGAUGGCACCCCGGCGGGGGUUCCUGAAUUGACGGUGCCACGCUAUUGGCACAUUAAUGCACGAUACAACCGUCUGCGUUACAAUCGAAUUGUGGAGGCAGUAGAGCGUGCGGAAGCGCACCUUGACGAGUGCAUAAACCAGACAGCUUUCCCAAAUGAAACUGUGAUGAACACAUUUCACUCAAACGAUCAGGACAGCUCAGCAAGCGACUUUAUUUGUGAUUCGGAAGGUGACAGUGAGAGCAGUGGGGACAGCUAUGGUCGAUAUCCGCGCUAUGAGGGAUCGCUGAGCUCGUGCGAAGAGAGCGAUGCUAAUGGGACCCAACGAUCUCGAAAACGUCGACGUAAAAGCAGCUCAACCACUUUCGCUUCUUCCUCCUUGAGUGAAGAAGAAGAAGAAGAGACAAAAGUAAAACAUCGCCGAUUGUUUAAAGGGGGUCUUUUGGCGCCACUCCCCGAGCCUUACCGUGAUUACACGUAUGAAGAGCGCCGAGUGUUAAAUGUCCACUCGAAACGAGUGGUUAAACCCACAGUGUUGUAUCUCCCGCCCCAGAAGGGGGAAACUGAGGAUGACUGCGAUGAAGAAGACGUGGAUUGGGGUCAGAUUGGGGAAACAAUUGAAAGUGCUGCCGUGUAUGCUUGUGAUAUGCAGCGGCGCCAACGUAACACUACUACUACUACUACUACUACUACUACUACUACUACAUCCUCUGCUGAGAAUUGCGGUGGGACAACAUUGAGAAGGGGUCAGCAGGAGGGGCCGACAUCAAGUGGUGUGUACAGUGCACCAGGUAAACAGCUGGCUGAUGUACCGCCAAGGUCAUGUGCAGUACAGAGGCUUAUGCUGGAUGACGACUCAAUGACCCCAAUGACCACGGUGCAAGACUCCUUUACGUCAGAACGACAACAACGUCUUCUUUUGGAUGACUCCAAUUAA